UGGGCGCUGUGAUGUAUAUAUUGGGUGUGUUUUGAAGUGUAAUUUGUUGAAAAAAGUGGCGAAAAUGAGUUUGAGAACAGCUUCGGACGAUUCGGCGUCGGAAAUCCAUCUUCCGCCCGACAUAGACUGGGAGAUGCUUGAUAAAUCUAAGUUCUUCUUCCUCGGGGCGGCGUUAUUCUCCGGCGUAUCGGCGACGCUCUACCCGGUGGUGGUGCUAAAAACUCGGCAGCAGGUGGUAGCGUCUCAAAUCCCUUGCCUGAAGAUGGCCAAUUCGAUCUUGAAGAACGAAGGGUUCCGGGGAUUUUACAGGGGAUUUGGAACUUCCCUCACCGGAACCAUCCCGGCGCGUGCACUUUACAUGGGCGCGUUAGAGAUGACCAAGAGUAAUGUAGGAAACGCCACCGUUCAGCUGGGGUUCUCCGAUGCCACAGCGGCUGCCAUAGCCAAUGCGGCUGCCGGUCUGAGUGCGGCCAUGGCAGCUCAGCUGGUGUGGACUCCCAUAGAUGUUGUGAGUCAGAGGCUAAUGGUUCAAGGAUUCGUAACUGAAGGAGGACAAGUUGGGUUGAAGAGCUACAGUGGCGGAAUAGACGCCUUCAGAAAGAUAGUGUGUAGCUAUGGAGUGAGGGGAUUGUACAGAGGUUUCGGGAUUUCAAUCCUGACAUACGCCCCUUCCAAUGCGGUAUGGUGGGCCUCAUACUCUGUAGCUCACAGAGGGUUAUGGGGAUUGAUCGGCUGCCAUGGCUGCAAGAAGGAGGAGAGCGGUUACACGGCGGAUGGGAAGGCGCUAGUGGCGAUCCAAGGGAUGAGCGCCACCUUGGCUAGUGGCGUCUCUGCCAUGGUGACCAUGCCGCUCGACACGAUCAAGACAAGGUUGCAAGUGUUGGACGGGGAAGGGGCAGCCGCUGCGGAGAGGCGGUGGAGGCGGCAGCCUACGGUGGUCGAGACGGUGAGGGAGUUGGUCCAUAAAGACGGGUUCCGGGCAUGUUACAGGGGUUUAGCUCCCAGAUGGGCUUCCAUGUCUAUGUCCGCAACCACUAUGAUCACUACCUAUGAGUUUCUUAAGAGGCUGUCUACCAAAAAUCAUGAAAGCUAUGCUCGAUAGAAUCACGCAAGUAGAAGGAUAGAUGAGGUUUCUUUUAUGUGAUGUUUUAACUCGCCUUGAAAGGCUCUGCCUGAUUGUGAAAUCAUAAAUGCAAUAAUUAUAUUCGUGGUCAUAAAUAUACUACUAGUACAAAGAUGUUGUUAACGCUAUGUACUUCUAUUAGUUCUACACUUUACCUUUUCACUCCGUUAAAAUUUGAGUGAAGGUUUUGGGUAAGGGCCAGUUCCGUUUUUUUGUGUUUUACUGACG